GCUGGUCCAUCAUCCCUCCCUCCCGUACCUAGCCGUUGCCCGCCCACAUCUUCUCCCUCCUCCGGCCUCCUCCUCCUCCUGCCAUUGUUGCUUGCUUGCUUCGGUUGCUUGCUUGACUGCAAGUUGUGGCCGGGUUUCAAGGCAGGUGGGAGAAUCUUGCACGAAAGGUAGAUCAGAUAGGUGGCGGUGGAAUAGUGGAUAGAAAGAUAGGCACAGAGGUUCGGGCGCGCUGUCGGACUCGGAUCCGACCUGACUCAUCGCCGUCGUCCUCAGCCGCACACCGGUCGCCGUCGCUUCUAAUCUCCGGUCAGGCGGCUCCUGCCCCCGCUCCUGCGCCGGCACAGGAUGGCGCUGCUCACGGCGCCCGCGGUCUUCGCGGCCCUCCUGCUCUUCUGGGCCGUGCUCGGCGGCACCGACGCCGACUACGUGCUGUACAAGGACGCCACCAAGCCCGUGGAGGACCGCGUGGCUGACCUCCUGGGGCGGAUGACGCUGGCGGAGAAGAUCGGGCAGAUGACCCAGAUCGAGCGGCUCGUGGCCACGCCGGACGUGCUCCGGGACAACUUCAUCGGCAGCCUGCUCAGCGGCGGCGGCAGCGUGCCGCGCAAGGGCGCCACGGCCAAGGAGUGGCAGGACAUGGUGGACGGCUUCCAGCGGGCCUGCAUGUCCACGCGCCUCGCCAUCCCCAUGAUCUACGGCAUCGACGCCGUCCACGGCCAGAACAACGUCUACGGCGCCACCAUCUUCCCCCACAACGUCGGCCUCGGCGCCACCCGGGACCCUUACCUCGUGAAGAGGAUAGGCGAGGCCACCGCGCUCGAAGUCAGGGCCACCGGCAUCCAGUACGCCUUCGCGCCAUGCAUCGCGGUGUGCAGAGAUCCGAGGUGGGGGCGGUGCUACGAGAGCUACAGCGAGGAUCGCCGGAUCGUGCAGUCCAUGACGGAGCUCAUCCCGGGCCUUCAGGGCGACGUGCCCAAGGGCUUCACCAGCGGCAUGCCCUUCGUCGCCGGAAAGAACAAGGUGGCAGCCUGCGCGAAGCACUUUGUGGGCGACGGCGGCACGGUGGACGGCAUUAACGAGAACAACACCAUCAUCAACCGCGAGGGCCUGAUGAACAUCCACAUGCCGGCGUACAAGAACGCCAUGGACAAGGGCGUCUCCACUGUCAUGAUCUCCUACUCCAGCUGGAACGGCGUCAAGAUGCACGCCAACCAAGACCUCGUCACCGGAUACCUCAAGGACACGCUCAAAUUCCAGGGCUUCGUGAUCUCGGACUGGGAGGGUAUUGACAGGAUCACCACCCCUGCGGGAUCUGACUACUCCUACUCGGUCAAGGCUUCCAUUCUUGCCGGCCUUGACAUGAUCAUGGUGCCCAACAACUACCAGCAGUUCAUCAGCAUCCUGACUGGCCACGUCAACAGCGGCGUGAUCAACAUGAGCAGGAUCGACGACGCCGUGACCCGGAUUCUGCGGGUCAAGUUCACCAUGGGCCUCUUCGAGAACCCCUACGCUGACCCUGCCAUGAUGGAGCAGCUAGGAAAGCAGGAGCACAGGGAUCUGGCGAGGGAGGCGGCGAGGAAGUCGCUGGUGCUCCUGAAGAACGGCAAGACCGCGACCGACGCGCCGCUGCUGCCGCUGCCCAAGAAGGCGCCCAAGAUCCUGGUCGCCGGGAGCCACGCCGACAACCUGGGAUACCAGUGCGGCGGGUGGACGAUCGAGUGGCAGGGCGACACGGGCCGCACCACCGUGGGCACCACCAUCCUGGACGCCGUGAAGGCCGCCGUGGACCCGUCGACGGUCGUGGUGUUCGCCGAGAACCCCGACGCGGAGUUCGUCAAGGGCGGCGGCUUCUCCUACGCGAUCGUGGCGGUGGGCGAGCACCCGUACACGGAGACCAAGGGCGACAACCUGAACCUGACCAUCCCGGAGCCCGGGCUGAGCACCGUGGAGGCGGUGUGCGGCGCCGUGCGGUGCGCGACGGUGCUCAUCAGCGGCCGGCCCGUGGUGGUGCAGCCGCUGCUGGCGGCCUCGGACGCGCUGGUGGCGGCGUGGCUCCCCGGCUCGGAGGGGCAGGGCGUCACCGACGCGCUGUUCGGGGACUACGGGUUCGCCGGGAAGCUGCCGCGGACGUGGUUCAAGUCGGUGGACCAGCUGCCGAUGAACGUCGGCGACAAGCACUACGACCCGCUCUUCCCGCUCGGCUACGGGCUCACCACCAAAGGGACGAAGCAGUACUAGGCUAGGCUGCUUCACAUAGUAGAAGACAGCACCAUUAAUGAAUGGAGAUAGGAAACUGGGACAUGAACCGUAGGUUCUUGCCUCCCGCCAUGGCUGCCGAUCGACUCCUUUCGCUCGGUUGGCUUAUUCUAUUACUACUGCUAUUCUUUCUACUUUCUUUGUUGCUGGUUGAUCUGGUGUAUGCUGAGUGAGAUCUCACUCUGGAGCAAGCAAUAUAUAUCCAAUCGAUGAGCUCCAUGCAACACCGGCUGGAUUUAAUCA